UGCAGCAGCUAAGCCCAGGUGCCACAACUACUGAGCCUGUGCUCUAGGGCCUGCGAGCCACAACUACUGAGACCACGCGCCACAACUACUGAAGCCCAUGCGCCUAGAGCCCACGCUCCACAACAAGAGAAGGCACCGCAACGAACGGUAGCCCCCGCUCGCUGCAGCUAGAGAAAGCCCGCGCGCAGCAAUGAAGACCCAACGCAGCCAAGAAAAAAAUUGUUUUUUUAAGUUAUAAACAUGGGAGACCUGGCUUGUGGGUACACUGAUGGGAACGGUCCGGGAGAUGAGGAGAAUCGCUGUAGCGACAAGAUCAAUGGCAGGGUUACCUGCUAAGAGCAAGAGGGGAUAGGAGGGAGAUUUGAGGGGAAAAGAAACAUGGUGUGAUGGUCGGCUCCCACGCGGACAUGGCGCCGGCCUCCACCGCGGAGGGGGCCGGGGAAAAGCCGGGCCCCGCGGCCCCUGCCCCCGCGGCCCAGUACGAGUGUGGGGAGUGCGGCAAGUCCUUCCGCUGGUCGUCCCGGCUGCUGCACCACCAGCGCACGCACACGGGCGAGCGGCCCUACAAGUGCCCCGACUGCCCCAAGGCCUUCAAGGGCUCCUCGGCCCUGCUUUACCACCAGCGGGGCCACACGGGCGAGCGGCCCUACCAGUGCCCCGACUGCCCCAAGGCCUUCAAGCGCUCGUCGCUGUUGCAGAUCCACCGCAGUGUGCACACCGGCCUGCGGGCCUUCACCUGCGGCCAGUGCGGCCUGGCCUUCAAGUGGUCGUCGCACUACCAGUACCACCUGCGCCAGCACACGGGCGAGCGGCCCUACCCCUGCCCGGACUGCCCCAAGGCCUUCAAGAACUCGUCCAGCCUGCGGCGCCACCGGCACGUGCACACGGGCGAGCGGCCCUACAGCUGCGGCGUGUGCGGCAAGAGCUUCACGCAGAGCACCAACCUAAGGCAGCACCAGCGCGUGCACACGGGCGAGCGGCCCUUCCGCUGCGCGCUCUGCCCCAAGACCUUCACGCACUCGUCCAACCUGCUGCUGCACCAGCGCACCCACGGCAGCGCCGCCGCCCCCGCCGCGGGCGCCGCCCCCGCCCCUCUGCCGCGGGAGCCCGGCGGCAAGCUCUUGGUUUCGGAGGCCUACCUGCAGCGGCCCCUCCAACCCCCCAGCCCGCCGGCGCCCCCGCCGCCCGCGCCCCCGCCCGUGGUGCCCGAGCUCUUUCUGGCCGCGGCCGAGACCACGGUGGAGCUGGUGUACCGCUGCGACGGCUGCGAGCUAGGCUUCGGCAGCGAGGAGCUGCUCUUGGAGCACCAGCCCUGCCCCGGGCCGGAGGCGCCGCCCCCGCCCGCGGACGCGCCCUCGGAGCCGCGGAAGGCCGACCCUCCCCCGCCGCCCUCUCUGUCCCCGCCGUCCCCCCUGCCGCAGCCCCCUCCCGCCGCCGCUGCCCCUGGCUUCGCCUGCCUCCCCUGCGGGAAGUCCUUCCGGACGGUGGCCGGCCUUUCCCGCCACCAGCACAGCCACGGGGCGGCCGGCGGGCAGGCGUUCCGCUGCGGCAGCUGUGACGGCGCCUUCCCGCAGCUGGCCAGCCUCCUGGCGCACCAGCAGUGCCACGUGGAGGAGGCAGCGGCCGGGCGCCCGCCCCCCCAGGCCGAGGCUGCCGAGGUCACCUGUCCCCAGGAGCCGCUCGCCCCCGCCCCCGCCCCGCCCGCUCCUGCGCCCGCCCCGGCUUCCGCGGAGCGACCCUACAAAUGCGGCGAGUGCGGCAAGGCCUUCAAGGGCUCGUCGGGACUGCGCUACCACCUGCGGGACCACACGGGCGAGCGGCCCUACCAGUGCGGCGAGUGUGGCAAGGCCUUCAAGCGCUCGUCGCUGCUGGCCAUCCACCAGCGCGUGCACACCGGCCUGCGGGCCUUCACCUGCGGCCAGUGCGGCCUUACCUUCAAGUGGUCGUCGCACUACCAGUACCACCUGCGGCUGCACUCGGGCGAGCGGCCCUACGCCUGCGGGGAGUGCGGCAAAGCCUUCCGCAACACGUCGUGCCUGCGGCGCCACCGGCACGUGCACACGGGCGAGCGGCCCCACUCCUGCGGCGUGUGCGGCAAGAGCUUCGCCCAAACCUCUAACCUAAGGCAGCACCAGCGCGUGCACACGGGCGAGCGGCCCUUCCGCUGCCCGCUCUGCCCCAAGACCUUCACGCACUCGUCCAACCUGCUGCUGCACCAGCGCACCCACUCGGCCGAGCGCCCCUUCGCCUGCCCCAUCUGCGGCCGCAGCUUUGUCAUGGCCGCCUACCUGCAGCGGCACCUGAGGACGCAUGCCCCGGCCAACGCCGCUUCUGGCUCCGCAGCCCCCGGCGCCGGCCCCCAGCCCCCUGCCCCACUGGCUGCCGCCCCAGCCCCGUCCGCCACCCAAGAUGUCCACGUCCUACCCCACCUCCAGGCCACGCUCUCCCUAGAGGUGGCAGGAGUCACGGCCCAGGCCCCGGCCCCCGGCCCAGCAGCCCCCAACUCCCAGACGUUUCUCCUGGUGCAGACUGCCCAGGGCCUCCAGCUGAUCCCCAGCAGCGUCCAGCCCCCGCCCCACCCGCAGCCCCCCGCCCCCCCCAAGCUCAUCUUGCUGCCCUCCUCCAGUACUGGUGGUGGGGGCAGCGGUGCAAGGCAGGGCCCACGGGCAGUGGGGAAAGCUGGGCAGGGGCCUGGAGUAGUUUGGCUGCCAGGCCCUGGGGGGCUAGGGGUGCAGGGAGGGAGCAACACCGGGGCCAGCGCGGGAGCGCAGAGCCUCAUAGUUCUGCAGAAUGUGGGGGCUGGGGAGGCAGGGCCGCAGGAAGUGAGCGGGGUCCAGCUCCAGCCCCUUCGGCCAGCCCCGGAACUGACCACGGUCCAGCUCCAGCCGGCCCCGGAGGUGACCACGGUCCAGCUCCAGCCAGUAACGGGUCAGCUGUCCAAUUCCAGUGGGGGAGCCGUCACCGCUGAGGCGCCUAACCUGCUGGUGGUUCAGAGUGGGGCAGCGGAGGAGUUGCUGGCGGACCCCGGCCCGGGGGAGCCCGGUGACGGCGAGGCCAGCACUGGUGUGGUCCAGGAUGUGCUCUUUGAGACGCUGCAGACGGAGGAGGGGCUGCAGAGUGUUCUGGUACUGAGCGGGGCUGAUGGGGAGCAGACCCAGCUGUGUGUGCAGGAGGUAGAGACCCUACCCUCGGGGCUGGCUGAGCCGCCAACCCCUGGCCCGCCGGGACAGAAACUCCUCAUUAUCCGCAGUGCCCCGGCCACUGAGCUGCUGGAGAACGGCAGCGUUGGAGGAGGCGCCGCUGCGCUGCAGCUGCUGGCCCCCCCCCCACCUGGCCCAGGCUCUGCUCCCGCGGGCGUCCCUGCGGCUCCUGCCUCCCAGAUGGUACAAGUGGUCCCUGCAGGAGCUGCACCUGGGGGCAUGACCCCACAGGGCCUACCCUCCAUCCAGAUUGUCCAGACUCUGCCCGCAGUCCAGCUGGUGCACACGUUCUGAGUAGAACCACUGGUACCCCUUCCCGCCCCACACAGAGACCCCGACUCACUGUCCGGCUGGGCUGAACUGGGGGGAGGGGAGCCGCAGGCUGGGCUCGCUAAUAAAGACCAGAAUCUCCUCUCCUGUGCUUUU